AUGAAUUACAUAAUUAAUAUCCAAAACUUCAUUCUACUAAUUGCCUUUGCAGUUAUUUUACUACCUUCCAAUGGAGUUCUAGCUAAGACUCCUCGGCCAAUUUCAGAAGAAGAGAUUAAAGAGAAAAAACUCCAAUGUUAUGCAGACAUUGAAAGCGGAUUAUGGGGUAAAAAAUGCCAGUUUUCCAUGGUAGCCAAGGAGAAUUGUGCUUUGCAAUGCUUGUCACCAGUCUGUUAUGAGCUCAUUUAUGAGAGUGAUCCUUUAGAAGAAGGGGAGAAAGAUCUAAGGAGCCAAGAAUACCAGUACUGCAUGCGUAGGCACUCCCUAGGAGAGAGCUUGGAUGGUAUUAAAGGUACCUUUGAGUAAACUAGUCUAACAAAUUAGCAGAACUGCCAGCAUGUCUAGUAUGGUGUUUGUAUUUGAACUUCUUUGCCAGCUGAGAACUUCACCUUUGGGACUUGGGAAGUGAUCUGAUGGACGGAAUAAGAAGGCGGUAUGAUGAGAAGUCAACAGGGGCGCCUGCUAGUAUCAUUGUGUAGGCAUUAUAUUUCAUGGAAUUGGCACACACCAAAUUCUGCUCUCUUCUUCAUGUAGAACUGAGGCAGCAAAUUUUACAUUUCCCCACUAUUGAUACCUCUUACCUGUGAAUAUGACAUCUUUCUAUGUGAUUGAUGCCAUGAAAAACCAAUGUUCUAUAAGGUUUAUGUAACACUUCCAAUUCAAAGGUUUAAUUUGAACCACACAAUAUCAGCCAUUAUGUAAAUAUCAUCACUGGGAGGUUGCAUAUUUGCGGAGCAGUUUUGGAACCUA